CUAUAAGGCGUGGCCUGCUGUAUCUUAGAGACAAGUUUACGCUGUCAAAUGCGAGGUGCGGACUGGUUUAGGGCCUCGGGAAGCGAUGGAGCGCCGUGAGAACGAAGCGAAGAGCCGAAUGGGAAGACUGACGGACUUUGUGGAUGAGGACGGGGACCGGCUGCUCGACAAACUGCGGGAGCUGAAGCUCACAAACGGCCGGUACCUCCAGGAGCUGAGCACCGUGCAUACCGCCGGCCUCGCAGAGCGCCGGGAGGCGAGGGGCUUGGCGUCUUGUAGUUUCAGACCGAGUCCUAAAGCGUCCAGAAGAGGCGUGGAUUUCGCCCUCGCUCAGCCGAGAGAGGAUCUGCCGGGAGUCGCGCAGCCCCUCGAUCUCCGGGGCCAGGAGGACCCCGAGUGUUUGAAGCAGUUCCGUGCCCAGCCGGUGCCGGCUCACGUCUUCCUCCCGCUGUACGAUGACCUGGUGGAGCAGCAAGCGGCUCGGAGGAAGACGGGGGUCCAGGAAAGGAAAGACUUUCUUUUAAAGACACAGAAACCGUUUCGUUUUCUUUCAAAGGAGGAAGAGAAAAGAAGGAAAGCAGCCCAGGCGCUUCUUGCUGCCCCCGCGAGGGCAGAGCGUGGCGUGAAGAGAGAAGUCGUUAAACAUGCCCAAGAUCCUGAAAUUAGUGACAGAUUGAAAGAGGCUGAGUUGAUCAGGAAAGUGAAACGUCAGAUGAGGGCCAAAGAGAUGCUGCAGACUUCCUCAGCGCCGGUGCCCCUAAACCGAGGAACGAGGGAUCCGCUUUCCAGCAUCUCCCGGAAAACCCGGCAGGAGUACCUGGGAUUUUUCCAGCAGAAUCUCUCCUUCCGGCCACGCACAAACCCAGGCGUCCCGGAUUUCCAGAGGCUGCACCACGAAUUCCAGAAGCGAUGCCUACAGAAGCAAAAGGAAAUAGAACCGACCCGGAGCGAGCCCUUCACCCUGCGCACCUCCGCGCUGAGAAGAAGACAGAGCCACGACGGGAAAAGCGGGCAGGUUGGACCCCGUCGUCCCGAGACGCCUGCAGAUUCCCUCCGGAGUUUGACGAGUUUGUCGCCCAAUACGCUUCCUGUGUAUAUAACGGACAGCGCAAGGAGGAGGCAGUCUGCCGUUAGAGCUUCCCUGCAGGAAAAGAAUGGACAAGAGACCAAGUGGACAAAAGAAAGCAAACAGUCCCUGGUGCGGCAGAGCUCAAUAUCCAGGAGGGCAAAGGCCAUGGACCCUCACCGACCCCUCUCAGAAAGCAAUGCGGAGAGGCUGCACCAGAACCGGCAAGCCGAUGGAAAGAGGAUGAACGAAUAUAAGGAGGAGCUGGAGCGGAUGAAGGCCAGAGUGAAGUUGAGACCCUACCUUUUUGAGCUUCUCACUAAAGCUAAUGCCGCUAAAGCAGCCGAGUGCAGAUUCGCAGGUACCCUGCAGCAGGUCGGGCUGACAGAAGACUUUGUUCAGCAUCAGGGAAGGAGAUCCGAUGAAGCGGAGGAAUAG